AUGGGUCCCUUUAACAAAAACACGCUGGCAAAGAUGCAGCGUGUGACGACUGGUAUUCCAAUUGCCAGUAAAAAGACGAAGGCUAUAUACAGUGGAUGCUCAAAAGGAAAGCAAACGGUGGCGCAAUUACCAUCUCAUUCACAGACGAAGACGUCCCGUAUUUUGGAGCUUGUGCACACAGACGUAAUGGGAACGAUGAAGACGAAAUCAAAAGGAGGCGCGAAGUAUGUAUUUACCUUCGUGGACGACUACUCGAAUGGGGAGAGCGCAUCAAGUGUAUACUCUUUGACAACGGCACCGAGUUUGUAA